AAAGUAUGAUGGAUAUGAAACGAUACAUUUUUUUUGAUGAUGCUGAAUGUUCUAUGACAACAAAUGUUAACAAUGCCUCCAGUUCAUUUUAUGGACAGAAUGAUGAAAUUCAGAAGUAUAAUGAAAAUAGAGACAAGAUGAAAACCUCAAAUAUGAACAAACUUGAAGUGUCAACCAUGAACGAAUCUAAUUAUUCGAAUAAUCAAGAUAAAGAUGAAUUGAUUGACCAGUUUAAUGUUAACCUUGAAGAAUGA